ACUCAAUUGGGCCUACUUUAAUUUGACAGGUCUGUCAAUGGCGGGAAAGAAACCUAGAAAACGAGGCGCUCUCUCUGUUACGACACUGUGAAAUCGUUGCGCAGAACAGAACAAGCUAGAGAGAGAGAGAGAGAUAGAGAUGGCGGAGAAAGUAGUGGCGGAGACGGAGGAGCUGCCCAAGGCUAUCGUGCGCAGGGUGGUGAAGGAGAAGCUCUCUCAGUUGUCCAACGAUGGCGACAUUUCUGUCUUCCGAGAAGCUCUUCAGGCUUUCUCCGAGAGCGCCCGAAUCUUCAUCCACUACCUAUCUGCCACGGCAAAUGAUAUAUGUAAGGAGUCUAAGCGACAAACCAUCAAUGCAGACGAUGUAUUUAAAGCACUUGAAGAAAUAGAGUUCCCUGAGUUUGUUGGGCCUCUAAAAGCCUCUCUUGAAGAGUUCAGGCAGAAGAAUGCUGGAAAGAGGUCCGCAUACAAGGCAAAGGAAGCAAAUAAGAAGAAGGAAAAAGUGACACCUGUGGAAAACGGAGGUGAAGACAAGCAAGAUAACAGGGAUGAAAUGAACGAAGAUGAGAACAAUACUCCUGCUAAUGACUAAAAAGACGGCGAAGUAAAAAAAAAGGAGUUAAUAUGCUGUUGUUUUACUUACCAUCCCUGUUUUUUAAGUUGGUAGCUUGACGGUUAGCUGCAGGAGCAUUUCAGAAGUUGCUUUUAUGAUAACUUUGGUAAGUACUGAUGUUAUCGCGGAAGAUGCUUGAAUGAGUUCAUCAAAGUUGAGACUAUUUGGUUGUACCCUAGCCAUCCUUGUAUUUACUACUGACAAAUUUGAUAGUUGUACUUUUAAUUAAGUAUAGUUUGCAUUACUGUGUUUUGCAUAAUGUAUUAUCUUCAUUAGUG